GAUUACACAUUGCAUUGUUUUUACGCUUGCACUCGCUUAUGUUAGCAAAUCUGGCUAUGGCUCUUCGGUUUGUUUAGCUUGUUUAAGGGUGAAACUGUACUUUCACGUUGAUUAUGUAAGAUAGAUGUGCAAUAUAUUAUUCAAUCAAUUAUGCGAGCUUGAGGUAUUGUCUGUUGACUAAACAGCAUUUGAGUGAGCUACAUGGAGCUACUUAUCUGUAAUGCCCAUCGAGGAUGCAAGAAGAAACAACUGUUUUGAUUGAGCCAAAGGUCUUACCUCCUACAAGAUGAGUGACACCCCGAAAAAGGACAAACGCCAGAACCGACUGUCAUUGUCCAAGAGUAAGAAGAGCAAUGCAAAAGCUGGGGUCAGUGCCAGUACAACUCCUAUCACCUCCUUCUUCAGCUGCCAGCCCCCUAACCUGGCCUGUCCUCUGUGUGGCCAGGUAGUACCAAGAUUCAAGAUCAAUGAGCAUAUCGAUCUGCAAUGUCAGAACUUCCAGAGACAGGACAGCAGUGCCACCUCAGCAAGUAAUACUGUUGUGCCCAGCAGCCACCUGUCAUUCAGAGGGAAAUCACCACCCAGCUCACCAGAUAUCAUAAGCCCUAAACAGAAGGAGAACGUCAAGGAAGGUCAGACUAGUCCUUAUUUUAAAAACACAGAUUUUCAAGACACACCACGAGAAGUGGUGAGUAAAACUGUUGUCCGAAAGAUAGACCUGGGAAGUCUUUCCUCCAAGUUGUCAAAAAAGUGUCGUAAUGUUGCUGAUAAUACGCACAAGGACACUGUUAACCAUGGAAUUAUGGCUUCAAGUGAGAAAGGUACAUCUUCUGAGACACUUGGCAGCUCACAGAAGGAAAAUGUGAAUAUAGUGGACAAGCAAGACCAUGGUGUAAUUGAUUUGACAGACAUUGAUGAUACUGGUCAAGGUGUGAAAGAUGCUGCAGAAGUAUUAAUAACACCAAAAACUGAGAUGUUUCAUAAAAUGUUCACUCCUAAAUCCUUGUCCAUGUCUUCCAAAUUAACAAAAAGGAAAACUACUUCAAGUGUUACAAGGACCUGUAAGAAAGCCAAAUAUGAAGAAGAUAAAAAUAAAGAGCCUGAAGAUGUAAGACAAAAUAGUAUUCCAAUUAUAAAGGAUGUGAAUGGUAGAGAUGAAAAACAUAUGAUUCCGAAACCACUCAGUGAUUCCCAUAACACCACUGAGGGAAUGGAGAAAAACAAUAUUAUUCCUAUCAAGGAUAAUUUGCAGGAUUUAGAACCUGAGAAGAUAUCUAAAGAUGUGAAAGUUGAAAGCUCCCAAUCUACUUAUCUGCCUUAUUAUCUCCGGAACUUCUUGACUGUACUUCAGGCUGUACUUGAGAAUGAAGACGAUCGAUUAUUAUUCAAUGAUGAGGAUAUGUCACUUAUACACACAUUUGAGAACUUAUCAGUCAUGGGGCAGAAGCUGUAUGUGAGGCUGUUUCAAAGGAAGUUGAAAUGGCUCCAAGUCAAUAAACUGGAUUAUGAUGAGAUAAGCAGUGAUCUGGCACCAGUGGCACAGGAACUGGUUCAACAAAGAUUUCUUCAGUCAGAGAAUGAUCUUGAAGACCUAGGAGAGGCUCUGGACUUGCUGCCUGCUCCUGAACUAAAAUCUCUGGCUAAAACCUUCCACCUUGGUAACUCUGGGACCCAAAAACAGCAGCUAGUGGAAGGCCUUCUACGUCUGAGCAAGCAGAAGUCCCUCUUUUCUGUGGCUCCUGGUCAAAACAAUAUUGGUGCAGUCAUGCUCAAAAGGGCAAAACACCUAGCUGGAUCCUGUGUUCGCUUGCAUCGUGGUCCAAGAGCUGUCUUCUCCCGAGUCCUCCUGCUCUUCUCAUUGACUGACUCUUUGGAUGAGGAGGAGAUGGCAGCAGGUGGACAAAGCCAACUCUACACUAUCCUGCUUGUGAAAUCUGGACGUCUGGCCUUCCCAGAGUACACAAUAGAGCGCAACACUAAAGUUUUUCAGGACAGAGAUGAUCUUAUAAGAUAUGAAGCAUCCAUGCGAGCUUUGCAGGAAGUCACUACAGCUAUGCAGAAUGGCCAAUGGGAGGAGGCCUUUGAGUUGUACAGCAGUGCUAAAUAUGUUUGGCAAGAGUUGAGGGAUAAACUGGAUUUUAGCUACCAGGAAGAGCUCCCUGUCUUUCUGCGCAGCUUCACCACUGGAUGGGCCUAUACUCGUAUCCUGUCCAGAGGAGUGGAGAUUUUACAAAGGCUGCGGCGUUAUGAGGAGGCUGUACUAGAACUCCAGUCCUUAUUGUCACAGCAAGUUUAUUGUCAAGACAGUCGAGGACGAUGGUGGGACCGACUCGCACUAAACCUGCACCAGCAUCUCAAAAAGCCAGAGCAGGCGAUAUGUGCUAUCAGAGAUGGAUUGGCUGACCCUUUGGUGCGGACAGGGCAUAAACUAUCCCUUCACCAGAGAGCUGCCCGGAUGAGAGAUUCUGCAAGCUGCAAAAAAUACUGCUUAAAACUGAGAGAUAUUCCCACUAUCCAUGUUCAAGAUGUGAAACAUGUGACAAUACAGGGACAGCUCUUUCCUCAUGAAGGGGGUACUGGGAAGUCUAGGUUUCUUAUCCCCGUGAAAGGAAACAAUGAUGAAAGCUCUAAUGCAACAGUAAUAUGCUCAGUGGAGGAUCUGUCUUUAGCACAUUAUCAAAAGCAGGGAUUUAAUGAAGGGAUUCAUGGAGAAGGCUCGACGUUUUCAACGCUCUUUGCUCUUCUGUUGUGGGACAUUAUUUUCAUGCAGGGUAUUCCAGAUGUUUUCCGAAAUCCAUAUCAGACAUGUCCACUGGAUCUUUAUACUGACUGUUUCUAUGAAAACAGAAAAGAGGCAAUAGAUUCUCGAGUCGAGCUUAUUUGUGAUGCCUCUGUGGAGACUCUGCACAGCAUGUUAGAGGACGUGUGGACCACACAGGAGGGCAAAGUGUGCUCACUGGUCAGCUGGGAGAGGUUUUCAUCUCUUCAGCAGGCUCAGUCUCUCGUGUCCUGUUUGAGUGGGCCUUUCUUAGCCAGUGUAAUAAUGAGGAUGGCAAAGGACUACAGACACUGUCGUGGAGGUUUACCAGAUCUAGUGGUUUGGAACACAUCAAAUAACACUUACAAGUUGGUGGAGGUAAAAGGGCCAAAUGACCGACUGUCACAGAAACAGCAAAUCUGGCUGGACGAGCUGCAGAAACUGGGUGCUGAUGUGGAGGUGUGUCAUGUGACUGCUACUGGAGCUAAAGGAUCUCGCCUGGAAUAAAGUCACAUAAGAAACUUUGAGGUAGUAGAGAAUGGAGAUUAAAUGUCUCUGAGAAAGGAAACCAUCAGAGGCUCUGAAAGAAUAUAUUACAAUGUCAUUUUAUUCACAUUUGUGGGUAAUAUAGGUGCUUUCAUGUAUUCCCUUGCUCCUAAAUAGAGAUCACCAGAGAAUUGCCACUUUCCUAAAUAGCAUCACAUAAUCAGGGCUGGUGCAUGACAAGAAAUAGAUCAAACAGCCAUAAAAACUGACAUAGAAUCUCUUUUCUGCUGCACUAUUUUUAUAAUCAUUGGUUGCUAAGCAACCAAAAUACAUUUAUAUCAAUGUUUAAAGCUCUAUGAGUUUGUUAUUCAAAUAAAUAGCACAGACCUAGUGAACACAUAUAAGUGACAAAAAUGAGACUUCUGUUUAAAUAACCGAUCAGUCCAAAUGUGUUACAUUGUCCUAGACCCAAUUCAAAACACAAAAAAUGUGAAAAACCAAAUCUUUACAGGUGUGACAAUAGCAGCAAUACUGAAAUGUUUUGAUUGAUCAUUGACAUUUGACUAUUUUAAUUGACUCUUAAUUUAACAAAAGUCUGUUAAUUUGAUGCAUGAAUAAAUUAUAUAGUAAUGUGAACUAAA